AUGUACCGCCAUUGUUGGGCCCUCAUCGCCCUCGUCUCCUUCACCCACCUCAUCUUCUAUGUCCCCAUCACCCGUCACAAGCUCACCCUCGGCCUCGCCACCAAGCGGCUAAGGGAGCUCAAGAUGAGGUUGAGCCUGGCGAUGACGAGCGCCAGCAACGCCAAUGGAAGGGGCGCUAAUGGCCACCACCACCACCACCACAAGGUGGUGUUUGACGAUGGGGACUUCGAGAUUCAGUACCAGGAGCCGCCUGAGAGCUACCUAGGCAAGUUCAAGCGAAACUGCGCUCUGCAUUUCGGGUUCUUGAUCUUGGUCUAUGGCUUCAUGGUCUCUUUCUCUGUCGUCAUCCUCUAG